AGGCACCCUGCACGAAGGGCACGUCAGUGAUACCAGGACCAUCACAGGAUGAGGAGCCUUUUGGUAUUGCUAGGUGUGCUGCUGGCAGCACACGCUGCUCCCCAAUGGCGGCUGCCCAUUCUACCUUCGCCGCUGUCGCCGGCGGGCCCGGCCGACCCAAACGCCCUGGAACAGUCACCGCUGUUCAUCGUCCCGCCAUCGGUCCCCAACUCGGUGGCGUUCCCGCCGCCGGUGUCCGAAGCCGGCUCCGCCUCCAGCGCUGAGCCCUCCGGCGGCAGCGCCUCCUCCUCCUCGGGAGGACUCCAGAACGAACUGCAGGCGUCCACCUCAUCCAGCAGCUCCUCCGGAGGAGCGUCCGGCGGAGCGUCGUCCUCGGCCGGCGGCGAGGUCGGCACCGGCCUCAGCAACCUGGGACCUGAGCUGGCCGAGCAGCUGCGACUGGCUGCCGAGGCGCUGCUGGCCUCUGGCGACCCGGCCCUGACGGCGUUCAGCUCAGCGGGAGCGGGAUCUGACCUGACGAACCACCUGUCGUCCAGUGGGUCCGCCGACGCCUACUCGGCGGAGGGCACACAGCGAGUCGCUGAUGUUGUUGGAGGAGAGCACAUGGGCGGCGAGCCGACGGGCGGGGCGGCUGGUGUUGGAGGCAGCGCUGGAUCUUCGAGCUCCUCCGCUGAGCAGGGCGGUGGCAGCCAGUCAGGGGGUGCUGCUGAAGCAGGCGCUGGAAGCUACGGAGGUUCUGUGGAGCCGAGCGGCGGCAGCCAGUCUAGUGGCUCCGCUGGAUCUGGCGGUGCCAGCUCAUCUGGAGGUUCAGCUGAGGCAGGCGCUGGCAGCUUUGGAGGCUCCGUGGAACCAAGUGGUGGCAGCAGUGGUGCUGAGAUCGCCCAACAGCUGGGUGCCGACUUCGCCAAUCAGCUGAACGAGUUCAAGGCCGUCCUGGCAUCCGGAGGCUCUGGAUCGGGAGGAGCUGAACAAGGAUCUGGAGGUUCCGGAAGUGGAGGCUAUGGAUCCGGAGGUUCUGGAUCGGGAGGAGCUGAACAAGGAUCUGGAGGUUCUGGAUCUGGAAGUUCUGGAUCAGGAGGCUCUGGAUCGGGAGGGGCUGAGCAAGGAUCUGGAGGUUCUGGAUCUGGAAGUUCUGGAGCAGGAGGCGCUGAGAUCGCCCAACAGCUGGGUGCCGACUUCGCCAAUCAGCUGAAUGAGUUCAAGGCCGUCCUGACAUCUGGAGGCGUCCCUAGCCUGGAUUUGGCGCAAGGAAACAGCAUUGCGGCUGAUGCCUCCACAGGCGCCGGUCAAGGAUCAUCAUCUGGAGGUUCCGGAGGUGCCAGUGCGGGACAGGCGGAGGCCAGUGUUGAGCCGAAUGCCGUCAAUCCUGGGGCAUACGUGGCGCAGCAAUGGGGACCUGAAGUUGCAGAUCAGCUGAGCCAGGUGGCAACGCUGGUGGACGCAGCGGGCUUAUCUAGCUCUGGCCUGGGAAGUGCUUUUGCUGCUUCUGCUGAGGGUAGCUAUGGUUCUCAGUCCACGAAUGCCGAGGCUGCCGGAGGAUCUGGCGCAGACGCUGCUAGCCAGGGCGGCUUUGAUAUCGGUGCUUCAGCUGGCGCUGGACAAGGUGCUCAGUCUGGAGUUGAAAGUGUAGGAGGUGGAGGAUCAAGUGUAGCUGAACAGGGAUCUGGGGGUUCUGGGUCUGGAGGCUCUGGAUCCGGAGGCUCUGGAUCCGGAAGCUCUGGAUCGGGAGGAACUGAACAAGGAUCUGGAGGUUCUGGAAGCGGAGGUUAUGGAUCCGGAGGCUCUGGAUCGGGAGGAGCUGAGCAAGGUGGUUUUGGAUCCGGAGGUUCUGGAGCUGGCGGCUCUGGAUCUGGAGGCUCUGGAUCUGCAAGCUCUGGAUCAGGAGGUUCGGGAACUGGAGGUUCUGGAUCCGGAGGCUCUGGAUCGGGAGGAGCUGAACAAGGAUCUGGAGGUUCUGGAAGCGGAGGCUAUGGAUCCGGAGGCUCUGGAUCGGGAGGAGCUGAACAAGGAUCUGGAGGUUCUGGAAGCGGAGGCUAUGGAUCGGGAGGAGCUGAGCAGGGAUCUGGAGGCUCUGGAAGUGGAGGCUAUGGCUCCGGAGGCUCUGGAUCGGGAGGAAGUGAACAAGGAGCUGGAGGUUCUGGAAGUGGAGGCUAUGGCUCCGGAGGCUCUGGAUCGGGAGGAGCUGAACAAGGAUCUGGAGGUUCUGGAAGUGGAGGCUAUGGCUCCGGAGGCUCUGGAUCGGGAGGAACUGAACAAGGAUCUGGAGGUUCCGGAAGUGGAGGCUAUGGAUCCGGAGGCUCUGGAUCGGGAGGAGCUGAACAAGGAUCUGGAGGUUCUGGAAGUGGAGGCUAUGGCUCCGGAGGCUCUGGAUCGGGAGGAACUGAACAAGGAUCUGGAGGUUCCGGAAGUGGAGGCUAUGGAUCCGGAGGCUCUGGAUCGGGAGGAGCUGAGCAAGGAUCGGGAGGUUCUGGAAGCGGAGGUUAUGGAUCCGGAGGCUCUG